GGUGAGGGGGUGGGCUUGUAGCCAUUGUAAGCCAGCAAGUCACAGUGAGGCGCUGGGAGCCAGACUGUGUGAGAGUGUGUGCGCAAAUUGUGAUGAGUAAAAGCAUUAGGCGACUCAGCUGCUGAUACAGCCAGGGUGUGUGUGUGUGAGUGCGAGCGAGAGAGAGCGAGAGAGAGGGAGGAAAGAGUGAGAGAAACAGGGAGAGAAGGAAAAGAAAGGAAAGGAGGAUACUACAAUCAUGUUGUGCUGCAUUAGGAGAACAAAACAGGUGGAGAAGAAUGAAGAGGCUGACCAGAAAAUCGAGCAGGAUGGCAACAAACCUGAAGAUAAGGCCCACAAGGCGGCCACCAAAAUUCAGGCCAGCUUCCGCGGACAUAUAAUCCGGAAAAAGCUCAAGGAUGAGAAGAAGGAGGAUGGCACGGCCGCCCCAGAGGCGGCGGCAGCGGCUGACGGCGUGGAAAACAAGGAAGAGAAGGCCUCUUCCCCAGCAGCGGAGAGCAAGGAGCCGGCAGCUGAGGCCGUGGACGAGCCCAGCACAGCAAACGCUGAAGCCAAAAGGGAAGAAGCUGACGCUGUGGAGACCAGCAAGGAUGAGGCCAAGCCUGCGGCCGCCACGGACCCUUCAGAAAAGGCCAAGGACGUAGCUUCCCCCGAAGAGAAGGCAGCGGCGGCGACAGAAGGCGAAAACAAGGAGGCCCCACCUGCCCAGGAAAGUGCAACCACCACCAGUGCUUCCACUGAAAGUGCCCAAUCGCCAAAUGCUGUGGAACCCGCGGAGAAGAAGGAGCCCCAACAAGCCGACGUGCCUGCUGCUGACGCCAGUGAGACGACACCCAAGGUCCAAAGCGAAGAGACUGAUUCCAACCAACCACAAGACAAACAAGAUGGUAUAUAGUUCGUCUGAAGAGGCCUGUGUGCAAUGAUUUUGCAUUUGGAUGAAAGAAGAGUUUUCCCUGGAGAGGAGACGGAAUGUGAAAAUAUAGUACAGCACAUAUACAAUGAUUGAUUUUUUUAUCAUGCCACUGGCAAAGGUGAUCUUUUGUGACAUUUAACGUUUUUUCUUGGAGCUUUAGGGAAUUAUAUGGAGCAUGGAGCACAUGUGGGCUAAUUGUGUACCUCAUUCCUAGUUUAUAAGACAAACUCCAAAAAGGGUCAACCUGUGAAAUACAUUAUUGAUGCAAAAAUAAAAGAAUAGCACCUCUCACAAUCGCAUGAAAAUUUUGGAGAAUAUUUCAAAAUACAGCAGGGGAGAAAUAUACGCCCUGGGUAUUUUAACAAUGUGAAUCGUUUAUGUUAAAUGUAAACUUACAGACAUCGCAAUGUCUGUGUCACAAGAACAAUUGCAAUCUAUCUGUAUAAAAAAUACUGAAAACAUGUUAAAAGUAUAAUCAUAACAUACUUUGUUUCAUUCAGCUAAACUAAAUGUUAAAAAAAACUAUAACUUUAGCUCUAGUUAGGUGCAAUUGUCUGUGUGGCAACUUCAGCUAUUUAGCCAACAUUUUGUAUAGUGUGUAGUCAGAGAAAUGGGCCUAUAAUUAAAAUGGCAAUAUGGUAAUUAGAGUCUGGUGUUUGCAAAUAAUUUACCAUCAACCCAUGUGUAAUAUCAAUAACUGAGAAAAUCCCUAUUAGAAUUCAACAUUUAUAGUGCAGGUUUCUAAUAAUAUCCAAUGUGUUUCAAGACUACAUUCAUUCUGAGAAAAAAUAAAAAUCGGAAGUUGGUAUGAGU